ACGUUGAGCUUGCUACUUAUGAGUUAUAUGCUCAUUAUGAGAAUCAAAUGGAAGUAGGUGAUGAUUCCUCCUCUCAAACAGAAGUAGAUGAUAAUGGUGGGAAUGUGGAUUUAGUUGCCGAGUAUAUGAAACAAAUGCAAAAGGAAAGAGGUGUAGUGAACAAUACCGAGUUGGAUAGGUAUUUGAAGGAGGGUGUUGAAAAAUCAACGGAUGCCAAGUUUAAUGUGUUAGGAUGGUGGAAAGUAAACAACCAUAGGUUUCCAACUUUAUCUCGGAUGGCAAGGGAUGUAUUGGCUGUCCCGGUUUCUACGGUUUCAUCUGAAGCAGCUUUUAGCACUGGAGGUAGGGUGCUGAAUGAUUUCAGGAGCUCUCUGACUCCUAGGAUUGUUGAGGCUCUUAUUUGUACUCAGGAUUGGCUCUGGGCAGAAUCUAGUGUGUGUCUAGUUGAAGAAGAUUCAGAGGAGAUUGACAAUAUCGAUGAAGAGUUGAGCAUGAUUAUGAAGGCUAUUGGUAUAUCUGAUGUUCCACUUCCUCGUAUCCAUACUCCUCGUAUGAGUCCUAAUGUAGAGGCAAGCACAAACAUAUAAGGGGAUCUAGCCAAGAAACAGAGUUCCGCAAGAAGAAAGCAGCAGAUGCAAGGCAUGGGGAAAUCAGAGCAUAUGCUCUGUUUUGAUGGCCGGAAACAGA